CUGCGCCACCUUCAGUUCCAUCAAACCGGUUAACAUAGUAAACCGGAUCCAAGUCUUUCUGUGGCACAAGUCUUCUUCUCUUUUGAUGACCUCUGCUAAAGUUUGAACGUGACUAAGACCAAUAGAUGUUUCCAUUGGAAUCAUUCACCAUUUUUAUUCUUAUAAAAAAACACUAGAAAAUUGACAAAACACGCAAACGAUUCCCAACGACCUCUCACCCGCCAACACAAAACGCAAACGUAGUAGCUGACCUCAAUUUAUAUAUCUUAUAUUUAAAUAACAUCUUCUAAACGGAUUUACCUGUUUUUAGCUUUAAUCUCUCUUCUCUCUCUCUCUCUCUCAAAUUCUCUCCUAAAAUCCUAAAUAUUACCUUCUCCAUUUGUUUCUUUUCUUCUUUUUUGGGUGGCUACCUAUAAUCCGAAAACCACCAUGAGGUUUUGUGUUUUCGGGUUUUUAUCGCUUUUCUUGAUUGUUUCUCCUGCCUCCGCCUGGUUCUUCCCUAACUCCACCGCGACACCACCGUCUCUACGUAACACUACACGUGUUUUCUGGGACGCUUUCUCCAAUUUUACCGGUUGUCACCACGGCCAAAACGUUGAAGGUCUCUACCGCAUCAAAAAAUACUUCCAACGUUUUGGUUACAUCCCUGAAACGUUUUCAGGAAAUUUCACCGAUGAUUUUGAUGAUAUCCUCAAAACAGCUGUUGAAUUGUAUCAGAGGAAUUUCAAGCUUAACGUUACGGGAGAGCUCGAUGCUAUGACCAUUAAACACAUCGUGAUCCCGCGUUGUGGUAAUCCCGACGUGGUCAACGGUACUUCUUUGAUGCAUGGCGGGAGAAGAAAGACCUUCGAGGUCAACUUCUCCCGCACGCAUUUGCACGCGGUUAAACGCUACACGUUGUUCCCAGGCGAGCCACGGUGGCCAAGAAACCGCCGUGACUUGACCUACGCGUUCGACCCGAAAAACCCCUUGACAGAAGAGGUCAAGAGCGUGUUCUCACGCGCUUUCGGCCGUUGGUCGGACGUCACCGCGUUGAACUUCACGCUUUCCGACUCUUUCUCGACGUCCGACAUCACAAUCGGAUUCUACACCGGCGAUCACGGUGACGGCGAGCCUUUCGACGGCGUUUUGGGAACCUUAGCUCACGCUUUCUCUCCUCCUAGCGGGAAAUUCCACCUAGACGCAGACGAGAACUGGGUGGUCUCCGGAGACCUAGACAGUUUCCUCUCCGUAACUGCUGCGGUUGAUCUUGAAUCGGUAGCGGUUCACGAGAUCGGUCAUCUUCUCGGUUUAGGACAUUCGUCAGUUGAGGAAUCCAUCAUGUAUCCAACGAUCACGACGGGGAAACGUAAGGUUGACUUAACCAAUGAUGACGUGGAAGGAAUCCAAUACUUGUACGGCGCGAACCCUAACUUCAACGGCACAACAUCUCCACCGUCGAGUACUAGACACCAGCGAGACACUGGUGGCUUCAGUGCCGCCUGGAGAAUCGACGGUUCAUCGAGAUCGACAAUUGUCAGUCUCUUGAUGUCAACCGUCGGAUUGGUCUUGUGGUUCUUACCGUAGAUAAAGUUUUUUUACUUACUUGAAUUCUUUUAGUUUGAUUUAAUUUACCUCAUAUCUUAUUCUUUUUUUAUUGAAGGAUGAGGAUAUAUAUACACACAUAUUCAGACAUUGGUUCCUUUAAUUUCUAUAGUUUUCGAUUUCACAUAUACUACUUGUAUAUAAAUUACUUUAUGUCCUAUAUACCAAUGUUUGAUCUCGUGUUUUACAUUUUCU